ACGCAGAGAGGUGUAACCAGAGCGACCAGGUUGAGAGGUUUUGACUCGGAAUUCUACAUGGAAGUUAAAGAAGCUAUGCUGUGACACCUUGUAGGAAGAAGUAAAGCCACCCUUCACACACAUAGAAGAGUCACAACUCCAGAAAAAAAAUGAAAGUGCAAGUGCUGCUACCUGUAACAGUCAUCGUGAGUGUCGCUUUGCUCGGGCUCAUCAAGAUACGGAAAAAGGAGGAGGACAGAGAAGAUAGACGGAAAAGGUUUCUGGAUAUCAAGCUGCGGGUGACCUACGACAUGCUGGGGGAGUUUGAGAAGGAAAUGUCGGAGACGCAGAAACUGUUGUAUGAGACCGAGAAUGGCCAGAAAACGCUGGAGGAAGAAGUAAACGUGCUCCAGACCAAAGCGGAUAAGACGAAGGGUGAUGCAGACGUCUGUCAGGGAGGCCAGAAGACUGCAAGAGAUGAGCUGGCAUCUGCAGAGACAGAAUUCAAUAAUUUCAAAGCUGAAACCGAUAAAGAGACGGCCACCUGGAAAAUAGAAGUAGAAAAUCUGAAACAGCAACUAGCAACACGGAACCCAGUAUGUGACUUUUUGAAAAAAGGAUCAGACUCAGCAAGCAAGUUGUGUGGCAAUGAGCAACCAAAGGCAGAGGCCCCUAAACAAGAAGAGGUAAAGGCUGAGGCUCCUAAACAAGAGGAGGCAAAGCCAGAGGCUCCUAAACAAGAGGAGGCAAAGCCAGAGGCCCCUAAACAAGAGGAGGCAAAAGCAGAGGCCCCUAAGAAGAGAUGAGGAAUAACAACGUGUGCUGUACAACACUUCAUCUCUUAAAGAAACAAAGUUUUCGAUACAUUGCAUCCAGAUUGCAGCAUUUAGCUUUACUGGGUUGAUGACGGGUGAGACAGUGGUGAAGAGCCUAAAGCAGGACUCUACUCACUUACUGGGAUGUGAACGAAUACUCCUUAUUUUUAUGCAACAAACUGAAGAGGAAUGAAGACACAUUUUGGAGUAGGGCACAUGUGCUUGUGUUUGUUGUGUGUAUAUGUGUGUGUCUGUGUGUGUGCGAAGGUGUAAAAUGCUUUGUAAUAAAUAAAUACUUUGUGGUGGCUAGGCUAAAGAAGAGUUCACUCAUGUUUGUGGUAACUGAAAGCCAAUGUAGGAAAUCGCUGGCGGGAAAAACAGAGGAGUGAUGUGAUCUGGGAAGACCUGCAGGUUCCCACUGCAAAUGAACCUGAAGGAGACAAACCUUCCAGCUUUUCUUCCACCACCUGCUCGGCUUCAUGUUGUCUGUCGCUCGGUCACUCACUCAACAGCAGCAAUGUCUGUCUACUGGUCAGUUUGGAUUUAUGGCACAAAGAAAAUAAGUACACAGCUAUGAACUGACUGUUUAAAAAAAAAAAAAAAAAAGAGGGUCAUAUCUAUACAGU